AAUUGUUUUUCAAUUUUCCAGUGGAUUUUUGACGUUGCUACUACUUGCUCGUUUUUAUCAAGUUUUCCUCCAUGUAGUGCUUAGGUUUCCAUAAUGUUUCUAAUAUAAGUAGUUCUGUAGGAAAAUAUACAAUAUAAAUCUUAAAUGACGCCCACGAAGACCACAAAAACCGAAGUAGAAAUGGUGAUACGGAAUAGAAAAACUGUUAUGAAAGACGGGAUUAUGACAAUGUCUGGCAUCGGCGAGCCCUCCGUGUUCCACGCUCUGGUGGUGAUAUUCCUGGAGUUCUUCGCGUGGGGACUGCUCACGAUGCCGAUCAUCUCGGUUUUAAACGUUACAUUCCCGGAUCACACGUUCUUGAUGAACGGUUUGAUAAUGGGCAUCAAGGGCAUCCUGUCGUUCCUGUCUGCGCCCCUGAUCGGCGCGCUGUCCGACGUGUGGGGCCGCAAGUUCUUCCUGCUAGUGACAGUGUUCUUCACGUGCGCGCCCAUCCCGCUGAUGACCAUCAACACGUGGUGGUUCUUUGCGAUGAUCAGCAUCAGCGGAGUGUUCGCCGUCACCUUCUCCAUUGUGUUCGCGUACGUGGCGGAUGUGACGACCGAGGCGGAGCGCUCGCGCGCCUACGGGCUUGUGUCGGCCACCUUCGCCGCUAGCAUGGUCAUCUCGCCAGCUCUGGGCGCCUACCUGAUGGACUUGUACGGCGAGGCGCUUGUAGUCGCCGCCGCCACGGCUGUCGCUAUCCUGGAUGUAUUCUUCAUAAUGGUUGCAGUGCCUGAAAGCCUCCCAGAAAAAGUAAGACCCAGCGGUUGGGGCCCGGCUAUAAGCUGGGAGCAAGCUGAUCCCUUCGCUGCACUGAGGAAAGUUGGUGCGGAACGUACAGUGCUGAUGUUGUGUGUGGCAGUGUUCCUCUCGUACUUGCCGGAAGCCGGACAGUAUUCGUGCAUAUUUGUGUACUUGAAGUUAGUGAUGGGCUUCGGUGUAGUCCAAGUGGCGAUAUUUAUUGCAAUCGUAGGAGUGCUCAGUAUUGGUGUACAAGUUGUUCUCGGAUUCUUAAUGAGAUCACUGGGAGCUAAGCACACUAUCAUGGUGGGACUGUUGUUUGAGAUGCUGCAGCUCAUGUGGUACGGCUUCGGUAGCCGAACGUGGAUGAUGUGGGCUGCCGGAGUGCUGGCUGCCCUGGGCUCGGUCACAUAUCCAGCGAUCAGUGCAUAUGUGUCAGUGAACAGCCGGGCAGACCGGCAGGGCGUAGUGCAGGGCAUGGUGACGGGCGUGCGCGGGCUGUGCAACGGCCUGGGCCCCGCCAUGUUCGGCGUCAUCUUCUACCUGUUCCACGUGGACCUGAACGAGGAGCACGCCGUGGCGGGCAAGCCGGCCGAGGAGAAGUACGUGCGCAUGGUGCCGGGCCCGCCCUUCGUGCUGGGCGCGCUGCUGGUGAUCUGCGCGCUGCUGGUGGCGGCGUUCCUGCCGGAGGACGGCGCGGCGGGGCGGCGCGCGCCCCCCGACCUGCGCUUCGAGCUGGAGCGCGGGCGGCGCGUGGCGGGCCCGCUGUCGCCGCUGAUGGCGCCCGAGUCGGCCGCGCUCUAGCUAGCGGCGAGGGCCGGCCGCGCGGCCAGCGUCUGACUCUCAGUGCUGUGCGCUGCGACAGCGACCCGUGCAUUUACGAGGUACCAAAGCUAACUCGAGUGAGUGACCGUGAUUCCUAUCGUUACGCCGACGACACCGAUACAUUCCCGCGUCGAUACAGCUUAAUCAUCGUGUUUUUUAAGCUUUGUAUUAUAUUUUUAUAUGGUUUGGAGUCGCCGCUGGGGUGUGUACAUAUUUGUCUGAAUAAAAUCAAUGAACUCGUUGUUAUAAACUAUGUUUUCAUGUUUCGAGCGGAGCAUCACACAGUUGCGUUAACGCUACAUUUCGUAUUACCCUAUGAGUCAGUAUUCAGUCAUAAUAAUUGCUGCGGAUUGAAUUGUUCUCAUAACUUGCUGUAAACAAUAAUAUUCCAUUAAGAUAAGGUCAAUGUUUAAGUAAAUAAUGAGCAACCUAUUGAAACUGUACAGAUAAGAUGAAAUCUGCACAGAUGUCUCCUGUCCAUAUAGAAGAAAUAUUUUGUAUUAUAAUGAGAAAAGUAAAAUUUAUAUAAAUAGACAAACUCCAAAUGAGUUUAGGUAAAACCUGUAAAUUGGAAAUGUUUCAAAUGAUAAGUAGGUAUUGUAAGCGUCCUCUAGAUGCCUUUGCCUAGAUGUUGAACUCCAUUCGUGACACCUAAGCUAAAGGGUUUUUUGAAGAUCUCAUUGUGAAUAAAUGCUAUGAAACUGAA